AUGAUUCUUUAUGGGUUCUCCAGCAAUAGCAUUAUGAAUCUCUUGCUGUUGUUUGAUUCCAUUGGCAUUCUCCUGUUGUCCCAAGCAUCAGUGUCCUGGAGUAUGCAAGAGCUACACAUCAGCCUCGAAACCACAGAGAAAAUUUCAGCUGCUGGACAAUUAAUGAAUUGCUCUGCCCCCAUCGAUGUCUUGUUUCUGUUUGAUGGAUCUUAUAGCAUUGGCAAAGGAAGCUUUGAAAGGUCAAAACAUUUAGCAAUCAAACUUUGUGAUGCCUUGGACAUUGGUACAAAAAAGGUCAGAGUGGGAGCAAUACAAUUCAGCAACACUCCUCGUUCAGAAUUCUCCCUGGAUGCAUAUUUCACCAAACAGAAGAUAAAAGACAAACUCAAGAAGAUUGUAUUCAGAGGUGGAAGAACAGACACAGGACGUGCUCUGAAAUACAUUCUUCUGAAAGGGUUCCAUGGAGGCAGGAAUUCAUUGGUACCCCAAAUCCUCAUCAUCCUAACUGACGGGAGAUCUCAGGGCAAUGUGGUGACCCCGGCCAAAGAGCUAAAAGAGAGGGGGGUUGUGGUGUUUGCAAUUGGAGUCAGCUUUCCCAGAUGGGAAGAAUUGCAUGCACUGGCCAGUGAGCCAACACAACAGCACCUGCUCUUUGCAGAAGAUGCCAGCGAUGCCUCCAACGGCCUCUUCACCACCCUCACUGGCAAGGCAAUCUGCAGCGCUGCAUUUCCAGGUUGCAGGGCCGGAGCUCACCUCUGUGAACGCAGAACGCUCGAGAGAGAGAAAAAACUGGUUGGGCACUAUUUCUGUUGGAAAGGAUCAAGGAGUAAUAGCGCAGUGCGCACAUCCCUCUGUCCUUUUUACACCUGGAGGAACACAUUCAUCAAGUAUCCAUCUAGAUGUUACCGAACCACAUGCCCAGAUCCCUGUGGUUCUUAUCCUUGUCAGAAUGGAGGAACGUGCGUUCAGCAGGGUUUAGAGAGAUACCACUGUGUUUGUCCAGUUGGAUAUGGAGGAGAUGCCAAUUGUGCACCAGCACCCAAAAUUAGUAUGGAAUGCAGUGUGGACCUCCUCCUUCUAGUGGACAGUUCAUCCAGCACCACCCUUGAAGGAUUCUUGCGCUAUAAAGCAUUCCUGAAAAGAUUCCUCCAAACAGUGUGGAGGACAGAGACUCCAGGGAAUGUGGGUGUGGCCCAGUAUAGCAGUGAUGUCAAGAUGACCAGUGGAGUUGAGGACUACAAAGAUGUGCUCAGUCUGGUGAAAGACAUUGAUUCCAUGCAGUUCAGUGGAGGAAGUACACUGACUGGCCAGGCUUUGUGGUUUGUUGUGCAGCAUGGUUUUAAGAGGACACCAGCCUUUGCUGACAGCUCUCAUGAUCUCCCACGUGUGGUUGUCUUGCUAACGGAUGCAAAUGCUCAGGAUUCAGCAGUGGAAGCAGCUAAAUACAUCCAAAGCCAAGGCAUCUUCCUUAUUGGAAUUGGGAGUGAAUUUUUGAGAGCAGAGCUAGAUCAAAUUACAGGGAAUCCAAAGUGGACAAUUGUCUACUCAACCCCACAAGAUCUAUUUAACAAGAUCCCUGAAUUACAGAGAAAAAUCUGCAGCAUUGCCAACCAAGGCUGCCCAUCUCAGUCCCUGGAUUUGGUGUUUGCCUUGGAUUCCUCAGCUUCAGUUGGAAGGAACAACUUUGUGAAGCUGAAAACCUUUGUCAGCAGGCUCUCUUUGCAGUUUGACAUUAAUAUGGCUCAGAUAAGUCUUGUUGUCUUUGGCCAAAGGCCCCAAACCGUAUUUGGGCUGGACACACACACGCAUGGGCCAGCUCUCCAGGAAUCCAUCACCCAAGCUCCCUUUGCAGGUGGCUCUGCCUCAGUUGGCAGCUCUUUGUUGCAUAUUCACGAUGAGGUUGUGACUGUUCAAAAAGGAUCAAGGCCUGGUGUUAAGAAGAUUGUAGUUGUGAUCACAGGGGGAGCUGGAGUGGAGGAUGCUCUAGUUCCUGCUCAGCAGCUACGUCAUAAUGAUGUAUCACUUCUAGUUGUUGGAAUGGGGCAUCUCCAAGUGGACCCAUUAUUAAGGAUUGCUGGUACUCGUGAUAAUUUGUGGAGGAUACCUUCCUAUGAAGAUCUAAAAUACAAUGAAGAUAUUAUUGUUGAAAGAAUAUGUGAUGAGGCCAAGAAACCAGUGAACAUCUGCAGGCCAAACCCCUGCAUGAAUGAUGGGAUUUGUGUUCCUGAAAAUGGCAGGUAUCACUGUGAGUGCCAAGGCUGGGAGGGAGCACACUGUGAAAAUGGUAUUCAGAGAGGUGAUGCUUUCCGAUCACGGGUACAUCCAGCGAUAGUCCGUGCCCAAUGAAACAUAUGUGAUUGGCAGCCAUGAUACAGAACCCAGCACUAUUCAAAUGGGAAUAUGCCACAGAAUCACUGAAGAGGUCAGAAGUCCUGCCUUCAGCUGCUGAAAAUAUUUUUAUGAAAGAACUGAAAAAUAGCAAAGCUUACGGGAUAUAAAUAUUUACAGAGUUUAAGAGUUUUUGCACAGAAAUCUAUCAUAAUUUUAUUGAAUAUUUAUUAACAAUAUACUGUCACUGUAAAAUCAGUGUUUCUUCUAUACAGUAAGUAUCAUCACUCUGAAAUUCUUUUUGUUUUUGCUUUUACUUUUUGUCUGUUUGUUUCUGGUUUGGUCGUUUGAUAAUUUUAAAAUCAAACCAGUAGAAGGGCUACGGUCAUUGAAAAUUAACAGGUAUUUGUAUAUUAGCCUGCAUAAUUAAAUUGUAAACCACCCAGGGAGUGCUUGAAGCACUAUGGGGCGGUAUAUAAGCAGAACGCUUUGCUUUGCUUUGUUAUAUUAAAAAUGAAGCACUGAUGUUAUUGCUAAAUUCUCUCCAGUUUCCCUACAUUGAGAAAGACAUUUCCCACAUAGUGGAAAGUUUCAGGGAUCUACAAUUUACCUAGAUUGUGUUACUGCAUCCUAUGAUAUUUCUGUGAAGCUGAUUUUUUUUUCAACUGUACAAGAUGAGCAGAAGCAGAGGCACAGCUUAAUAUGUCAACAUGUAUUAACAUCCAUUCCCUUACUUCAGAACUCCAGAAAAAAGCACUCCCACUGAACCUGCUAUAUCUUUAUAAUCCCCUGCCUCUUUCUCACUCUUGUUGCCUGGUGCUAUCUGCAGUUUUUAU